AUGUCUGUCCUGUCCUACAAAUCCCAGGACCCGUAUAGUCUGGCCAACGUGCCAGACAAGAUGGCGGUGUUCCAGGAGUGUUUGCAGCAGUUCAAUGCGCUGCCUGUGGAUGCCAAAAAGUGCCGACAAUUGUUGGCCAAGCUCUUGCGCUUGAUUUACCAGGGCGAGCUGUUUCCACUGCAAGAGUCGACCACUUUGUUCUUUUCCAUAUCGAAGUUGUUCCAGCACAAGAAUUCCUCUUUGCGUCAGUUGGUGUAUUUGACAAUUAAGGAGCUUUCCGCUACCUCUCAGGAUAUCUUGAUGGUCACUUCUUCCAUCAUGAAGGAUAUCCAGUCGGGCCUGUUGAUCUACAAGCCCAAUGCCAUCAGAACGCUUUCAAAGGUUUUGGAUCCUACCACUGUGUCGGCCUCUGAGAGGUUGUUCAGAAACUGCUUGGUUGACAAGAACCCAAUUGUGUCUUCAGCUGCUUUGAUCUCCUCCUAUAAUUUGUUGCCUAUUGCAAAGGACGUUGUCAAGCGUUUUACCAACGAAACCUUGGAAACCGUUCAAUCCUAUAAGCAAUUCCCUCCUGAUCAAUUCCAAUUGCACGAGUACUACGGUGCCUCCACAACCAACUUACCUUCCAACUCAUACAUGUACCAGUACCACGCUUUGGGCUUGUUGUACCAAUUGAGAAACCACGACAAAAUGUCUUUGAUGAAACUUAUUACUAGUUUGGCUGAAGGCUCUUCGUUGAAGAACUCCUUGUCUAUCAUUCAGCUCAUUCGCUACAUUAAUAAGGUCUUGUUAGAUGACGAAUCCCUCAUCACUCACUUGCAUCCUAUCUUAACAGGUUUCUUGAAGCACAAGUCCGAUAUGGUCGAGUUGGAGGCUUGUAAGACAUUGAUUGGCUUGCAGCAUCUCAUCAAGGAGGAUGACUUCAUGAACAUUAUUCUUACUCUACAGAAAUUGUUGAGCGUUCCAAGAACCGCUACUAGAUUUGCUGCUGUCAGAUUGAUCAAUAAGAUCUCUAUCAAGCACCCAGAGAAGAUCAUGGUGGUCAACUUGGAGUUGGAGAGCUUGAUUAACGAUAGCAAUAGAUCCGUGUCCACUUUGGCCAUCACCACUUUGUUGAAGACUUUGGGUGCUGGUAGUGUGGAAUCCGCUACUGCCUCGAGUUCCGAGAACGUCGACAGAUUGAUCUCAAAGAUGACCUCCAUGAUGGAUGAAAUCACUGAGGACUUCAAGAUCACUAUCAUCGAGGCCAUCGAGAACUUGGCUCUCAAGUUCCCAUCCAAGCACAAGAAGCUAGUAUCCUUCCUUUCUGACUUGUUGAGAGAUGACGGUACUUUGCAAUUGAAGUCGAGCAUUGUUGACGCUUUAUUCGAUUUGAUUAAAUUCUUGUCUGAUAAGGCUGCCAAGCAGCUUAUAUUGAUGAACUUGUGUGAGUUCAUCGAAGACUGUGAAUACACCGAAUUGUCUGUGCGUAUCUUGCACUUGUUAGGUGAUGAGGGUCCAAACACCACUAAUCCAUCCUACUACAUCAGACACAUUUACAACAGAUUGGUGUUGGAAAACUCCAUCGUUAGAUCGUCUGCUGUUAUCGCAUUGUCUAAGUUCGCAGCUCAAUGCGACGAAGAUGUUUCCAAGAAUGUCAAGAUCUUGUUGAGCAGAUGUUUGAAUGACGUGGAUGAUGAGGUCAGAGACCGCGCUUCGUUGUCAUUGAGCUUUAUUGACAGCAAGCGCCCACAAUUGAUUGUGGCUGAAUCUGGCUUCAACUUGGCUGCUUUGGAGAGUAAGUUGUCCCACUACUUGAAUGAUGAAGCUAACUUUGGCCGCAAAUUCGAUAUCACUGAAGUGCCAUUGCUCAGUAAGGAGGAGCAGAAAUCGCUCGAGUACAACACCAAGAUCAAGAAAUUGGAGAAGACUGAUGGUGCUGAUAUUGAAAGCGAUAAGACUUCGCCAGGUACAAAGUCUAAGGAGGAGUCCCAGGGCGCCGAUGACAGUGCUAAUGAAUACUUGAAGCAGCAGGAGUACGCAGCAAACUUGUCUGCUAUUCCAGAAUUUGCCGAUCACGGCAAGUUGACCAAGUCUUCUUCCACUCCAGCUUACUUGACCGACAGAGAGAACGAGUUCGUUGUCACCGUCGUCAAGCACUUCUUUGUGGAAACCCAAAAGCUUGUCUUGCAGUUUGACGUUACUAACACCUUGUCUUCUUUGGUGUUGCAAGAUGUCUCUGUUGUCGCCCAGGCUGACAAUGAAUUGUACCAAGAAGAGUUCACCAUCCCAUUGGCUGAGUUGAAACCAGAACAGACUGGUAGCGUCUACGUUUCUUUCUCGACGCCUGCUAUUGGUGACGAUGAUCUACUUGCAGCAUUCGGUAACACCCUCGUCUACACCUCGAAGGACACUAUUGAUGAGGAGGGUAACAUUGACCCUGCCGACGAAGGUAUCGAGGAUGAAUACCAGAUCGAUGACUUGGAGAUCAGCGCUGGUGACUUCAUUCAGCCUAUGUACAACUCCAACUUCACCACCAUAUUCGAUCAGUUGCCAGAGGAUGAAGGCAGCGUCGUGACAAUUGGAGGAGUGAACAACUUGGAGAGUGCUAUCAAUAAGUUGAAAAAGACCUUGAACGCUAUGCCUUUGGAUGGCUCGGACUAUGUUCCAGCGGACCUGACGUCACAUGUGUUGAAGUUGUUGGGUAAGGACUUGUGGGGAGGCAAGAUCGGAGCUCUGGUGAGACUUGCGCAGACGGGAGGAAAAGUUGUUGCCAAGUUACUGGUGAAGGGAGAGACCCCAGGAUUCGCCUUUGUUGUCGCCAACGGCGUUGAGUAA